ACGUGCAAUUAGUUCGCAAUUUCGGGGGUGUACGUAAGGUCUUCUGCAGCAGAGCGCUGGAGCAAGAGCGCUAGUACUGUAGGACAACCGGCUGGUAACCUUGCCAAGUUGGCUACUCAGGAUUGAGAGGGCAUAGAGGCAUAUUCCUGGCAGGCUGCGGGAAAAGCACUUUCAAUCUGGGAAGUCUGUGUGGACGUGAUGAGUUCCUCUGUAAGCCCCUCCCACCUGGCACCGCCCAGCGAUGUGGUGCCGCUACUGAACUCCGUGAUAGACGUCUGUUUGGUGUACGGAGUUGAUGAGACAAGUUCUAGAGAGAUUCCUGUGACAGAGGAGGGGGACAUCAACUCUGUGUACCAGAGUCUUCUGGAGAGGGAGAUCAAACUCCACUUCCUCCAGAUUCUUACCCCGGGGGCCGUCUAUCCCGACCGGGUCUCCAGACCCAAUAUUUGGCCCCCGGGGGGCACCUCCUCCCCCGACCAGGGGGGCAGUGUGGAGGGAGAUGUGGAGAGCAGUAUUCAUACCACACAUUCCAAGAGGUUCAAGAUGAACAAGGGAGGGUUGCCGUGGGAGACGGUGGAGACCGUCCACUGGUUCAUGUAUCCAGAGGGUCCACAGCUGUCUAGUGAGGACAUUGAGCCAUCCAUCAUCCCCAUGCUCUUCACCAACAUCGAGGGCACCAGGUCUUACGCCUCGGGCCUCAGGUUCUGCCGGCCUUUCUUCAUCCAGAAGGUUGGACGGCAGUAACUUCUACAACAUCAUCUCCUGGGAGUCAGGGAAACAACCUCCACCCAACAGUAAACUGGUGUACCUGCCGACAUGUGUGGUUCUGGUCUCGAAGUCUCCUCACUUCCAGUUUCAGAAAGACGCUCUCUCGGGGUUCCAUCGGAGGUGGUGUGAGCAAGAAGAGAGCUCCAUGGGGUUCUGGCAGUGUGUCCAGAGAUUCACAGAGAGACUGUUCCUCGUUCCAGCCCCACCCCCCGGCCUCCUCUCCGUGGAAUGUCUUCUUCCAGGAUUCACAUCUAGUCUUGUCAUUAGACCUCCACGCAGAGCAAUUUACCCAGACAUCCGCCUCCACUACCCGUUCAUCUGCCUGUCUCUGGACAACGUUCUGAAGGUUAUGGCUGCCCUCCUCACUGAGCAGAGGAUCAUCUUCAUCUCUUCCCUCUAUCCAAUGCUUACCUACGUCAUCCAGUGCUUUCUCCACUAUAUCUACCCGUUUGACUGGCGGCUCCCUUGUGUUCCCAUACUCCCGUUCCUACAAAUUGACUACCUGGACGCCGUGGGCAGCAACAUCAUGGGUUGCCAUGCCAACAUGUCCAGGACUCUCGAGUUUCAGAGUAUGGAGGAUGUGGUGAUAGUUGAUCUGGACUCCGACCUGGUCACCUGUAAACUGAAAGAGCCUCUUUCUCUCCCCUCCCUCCCCUAUAACCCCACCAAGACCUUCUGCAGCAGAUACGAACAAUUGGUGAAGGCAAAUUUUGAGGUCGAACAACUGAGAAAACUGUCUCACAUGUCAUCAGACGACCUCCUCAGAGAGAAGACAGAGUUUGAACAGCACUACGACAGCUGCCUCUCAGCCAUGUUCCUGGAGCUCAUGGUCAACAUCUACUAUGAGGUGACGGAGAGACUGGUAGAGAGCAGAGUGAAGUUUGACGAAACAGUCAGAGAUAUGCCACUGGAGGACCAGGCCUUCUACAAACAUGCCAAUCAUACUGAGAUGUUUUCAGCUUUCUACCAAUCAAGAAGACAGAGAGUGAGGGAUGACUUCACUCUUCUGGCCGAACGGAUCAAACGCAGCCAUCGGAAAUCUAUAGACAUGACUGAUGAUCUCAACAGUGUCUUUGUGGCAUACAGCACUGCCCAAACCCCAGGCCACACCCCCUUGAGGCCGGUGUUGAGUGCGGGAGUUGUCUACAGCAUGGCACCACUCUUCUCCAUCCUCUCUCCUCGGAGACCUGCCCAAACCUCAGUGAAAAACUCGGUCAACCAUCCUCCUACCACUCCUGCUGGAACAACUGGCACAUGUAACUGUUCCGGUUAGAGUCAAAUUUUGUCUUAUAAUCAAUUAUGGCACCUUUUACAAACUCCGUGGUUUAACUAUCUGAACAUUUUUAUGCAUGAAAUUGUCGUCGGCAACGAAAAAGUGGAAGUUUUUCGCCGUCAAAAGAUGUGCAUAGUGUACAAGUAAUUACGCUGCCAAUAGGAUCUCCAUUCUUCAGUGUUUUGAAGCUCCCUCUUCUUUCCUCUCCUUUUCGUCAGGGUUAGAGGAGUCAAUGAGAGUCUCUCCUCCCAUCCCUCCCUCCUCCCUCUCCUUCUUCUCCCCCUCCCUCUCCCCCUCCUCUGAGAUGGUGACUGUUCAACUACCUUCUCUGCCGGGAGACUCCUUCGCCAGAGAGUCAUUCAUUGCUGAUGCUUCUUCAGCUCUCUCAGACCUAACAGACAACAAGAGUAUCCAGGCUCAGUGUAUGUAUCUCCUGGCAUUCUACCAGAUCUGCCAAGGGAACAUCAUACAAGCCAUGGAUGAUCUCUAUGACAACCUGCCUAAACUGGAGAUCAAACUAAGACCUUCCCCGAGUCUGACGCAGAGGAUCCUGUCUCUACUGUCAGACGACCAGCUGACGGAAGUGAAGAAGAGAUCUACUACCAGUACAUCGUCCCCGUCAAGAAGAAGGCAGCAGCAAUGAAGAGACAUGCAACUAACGCCAUGGGCUCCAGAGCUUCUUACAAUUUGGACAGGAAACUACCAACCAAACCACUCAGUAACACAGAGUUCAACAAGCUGGUGAGAGAGAACGCUAUAGCGACAGACGCUGAGUCGGCAGACAACCUCUUCAAGAUUCUCUCUCAAACCAGAGCUAGUAUCAGUCCGCAGACAUUUGUUCCUUUCUACGACUCAUGGAAACUGGUACAGCAGGUGUGUCUGAGCAUGGAUCUGAUGGGGUUCGAACUGGAGAAGGGGGACAAGGAGAAGACAGGAGAGAGGGUCAUAGCUGUGGGAGAAACGGCCCGUACUCCCUAUGGCGGACAGAACCAGCUGGUCCUCACCACAUACAGGUUUCUGGCGGUGACAAACUUCAGGACCCAUGUCCUGGCGGACCUGAGACGGAACCUGAGGAUAGAAAAGUCGGACCUUCCGCUGGGGAUCCUCCCCGGCUCCAAGAUGCCCGGGAUAACCAUCGUCUACGACAGCAGAGAGGAGCCACGCGAGGAGAAGACUGUCACUGAGAGGGUAACGGCACGACUGAUCCGCAACAAGCACCACAGCCUGGCAAAUACGGACUCGUACGCCGGGUUUGAAGAUGUGGUGGACAGAGACCACUGGUACCCCAUGCUGCUGGAGGUUCAGCGAGGUUGGAGGGUGGCGCAGGCAAGGAAAGACCCUGGGGUAAUGGAGACCGCCAUGUGCCACGUCGUUCUGCUGGACGCCAUCGUCGGCAGUGGGCUGCUGGACAGAUUGAAUCACACGCAGAGAGGGAAAUGCAUGAUGAAACUGAUGACUCUACAGACGAAGGACGUGUCAGAGGUCACGCAGUUCACGGUGGAAGCCCUCCAGUACCGCAUCAACCCCUGUCUCCACGAGACGCAGCGCCAGACGGUGGAAUCCCUCCUCUACAUCCCGCCCCUCGACCCCCUGGAGGCGGGGCUUGGGAAACUGUGGCUGGGGCUCGGCAACGGGUGUCUUAAGGUGUACGACAUGGACGAGAAGUGCUUCGAGUCUAACAUCAAGAUCUCCGAUGCAAAGGGGAAGAGUCUCAGAUUGUCGUGUCUGCUGCUGGUAAACCACACGGUGUGGGUUGCCUCAUUCUUCAGUAAGAACAUCCACAUACUGGAUGCCGAGACUGUCUGCCAUGUGUCUCAGGUGUCCUACCUGGAGGAGGCCCCGAGGGACCUCUGUCUGUCAGACCAGAUCUGCCACUGCAGCACAGCUGGACCCCAAGUCUGGUGUCUCCUGGUCAACGGGACCCUCCUCGCCUUUGACCCCGACACACGCACCAGGACCUGCAAGAUGCAGGUCCCGAUAUCGGACGACAGCGCCUUCUUCACCGUGACAUGUUUCACGAUAUGGAGGAGCACUCUGUGGGUGGGCACUAAUAGGGGUACCAUCGCUGUAAUCGACGCCAACGACGGGAGGUGUGUGCACGAGAUAUUCUUCCCCGGAGGACGGCGGAAACAAGUGGAGAUAAAGCAUUUGGCUCUCUCCAGCGAGAAUGAGAUCUGGUGCAGUGUCAACUCGACUCCUCGCAGCAAAGACUCGACGUUCCUGACUGUCUUUGACGCGGCCACUCACGAGAAGAAGCUGCACUACACUGACCUGGAGUCCAGAGUGGCCGUCAUUCUACCUGUCCACACCUCCAUGUGGUGUGGAACUAAGGGCGGAAAGAUUCUCAUAUUCAACUCUAAGAACUACUCGACUGGAGAAACAUCACAGCUGUCAGCUCAUGAGGACAUUAUUCGGACAAUGACAGUGGCUGAUAGGUACGUAGUCAGUGGGAGUGGCUCUAAUGAUGGAUACGCAGCUGUCUGGCGAGCCGUGUCCUCAUAGACCACACCCACCUUUUUUAUUAGUUUUUGAUACUCUAUAUAUCAUCAAAUGUAUCUGUUUGUUUCGGUAAAACAAUGUAUGAGGAAUUUUAAAGACUUAGAAUUUAGCGGCUGCACAGCUCGAAUAAGGAAUUUGUAUAUACACUAGAAAGUAGAAGUUCUCUAACACACUAUAAUGACCAGUGCAGUAUUACAAUGUAUGACUAGUAACAGGACUAUAGAGAGACUGACACCAGAUCUGAGGAGAGACAUGGCCAAUAGCUCUGCAGACGUAUAUACCUACCACAAUCGAUUUGCUGAACUUUUUAUAUAUACCUCAGCUUCCUCCA